AUGCAGAACACAGUACUGAGGAUGCUGGUUGCACUCAUGUGCAUACUGGCUGCGUGCGCCGAUGUCAUGCCAGUUCAGGAUUUCGAUUUGCAGAGGAUGGGAGGAAAGUGGUACACGGUUGGCUUUGCCACCAAUGCUGCUUGGUUUGUAAACCACAAGGAUAAGAUGAAGGUGGGGACUGCAAAUUUUGUGCCAACCGCUGAUGGAGACAUAGAACUCAAUCACGCCCACGUAAAGGAUGAUGGUACCUGCUGGAGAAUGAAUCAUCUGGCAAAAAAAACAGACACUCCUGGACGCUUCACCUUCUACAGUCAAAAGUGGAACAAUGACAAUGACGUAAGAGUUGUGGACGUAAAUUAUGAUAGCUAUGCAUUGCUCCACACCAUCAAAACAAGGGAUGGAGUAUCUGAGGUUUUGAACCAGCUUUACACUCGGACGACUGACGUUAGUGCGGACCUACAACAGAAAUUUCUGGACUUCUCCUUGCAGACCGGCGUCCUAGCUGAAAAUGUUGCCAUGCUACCGAGUGCUGACACAGCUGAUUUCCCUUACCUAUAUCAGUGCUUACAGACACACCUGAGCUCCAUUCCCAAUCAGAUCACUAGGGGCAAACUCUUAGGUGGCGCUCCACCGAGUGGCACCAGGAAUAACUACAUCGAAGUUCGAAAAGGCCACGUCAUCCAGCUAUUCUUGGGGUAUCCCAAGGUGUUCCCAGGCCAGCCGGUAGACAGUCUCCCUAGCACGGCCUCCUCCCAGUGGGACGUGCCUGGAACACCUCACCAGGGAAGUGCCCUGGAGGUCGUAAACAUAGGUGAGGGUAGGAACGUAGAUCGACCGGCAAAUAGAGAGCUUCGGCUCUCGGCUCAGCUCGCUCUUCACCAACUUAGGGAACCACUUAGGGAAGGACCUCAUCCCCGAGCCGGAGAGGGCAUUCCAACUAUUCCUGACUAA